AUCACAAUAUUGGAUUUUGAAUAUACUCAAAGGUUGAGAAAAAAAUAUACAGAAAUUGUGUUUAAAAUAUAGAAUUGCAAAUAUGAUCUUACACAAUAAAUAAAUAUUUUAAAGUUUGAAGUGAAUAGAAUUAAGAGAGGAGGGCAAUAAUGGAAAGUACCCAUUUUCGCGGGUCUACAAAAUUGCGUGCAACGCUGCGACGAGCGCCCCUGGCGCAAUUUCAAACCCAAUAUUUCCUCAAUCUCUGGAACGUCAGCGCUCCCUCUCUCUCUUCUCUCUUUCUCUCUCAUAUUCCAUUUUCACAAUUGUCAAAAAAAACACAAGAUUCCGCACUUCACUUGCAAUUGAUAGACGAUGCAGCAAGCGCUGUAAAAUAUUUCUCGAUCGAUAUUAAUGAAUUCAGGUCUGUGUUGUGUUUGUAUGUGAGUGUGUAUGUGUGUGUGUGUGUCUCAGUACACAUGUAGACGCGUUGUGUUGACAGAAUUGCACACAACCCCACGUACACUAGACACGUACCCCAUCACACAAAUCUUCAAGGUGUAAUCUGCACAAAGUUGUGACUUUUUUUUUUUCUUUUUGUGGUUUCUGCAAUUUCACGUGGAAUCAAGGACAUGGUCGUCGAAUCAUAUAAUGGCGGUUAGGAAUUGGGAACGAAAUUAAGAAAAAUUAGGUUUAGCGGUGGCGAAUUUUUUACGUGCAUCGAGACUCGAAAUAAUGUUUUUCUUUUUGAAUUAACUGAAAUCAUGAAGCACAAAACGACAAGGCGUUUAUCUCAAAAGUAUUUGAUACUUGGAGAUUGGCGGUCAUGUUCCUUAUGAUUGAAUCACACUUUUUAACUAUUAUUUUAGCAGUGGAUUUAUUUAUGUAUUGUCAAUGAUGUUCUCUCACUUGUUUAAGUUCUUAGUAAUCGACGUCAAAUCUAUGUUAUGGAUGCUAUUCAGUAUGAUUAUGAGACGGGAUGCGCAUGGAAGUAUGAAACAGAUAAUGACUUAAUCCUUGCUUUUCGACCUGUUCAGCAAAGAAGGGUGAUUGAUCUGGAAUAUUGGGAAAUUUAGGUUAAUGUAUUGAGAAAAGUGUUUUGGUCUUUGCUUUGGGUGGUUUUGCUGCAAAAAUGGCUUCAAACGCGACUGUCAAAUGUCUACCACCGAUGAAGGCCACCUCAAAUGGGGUCUUCCAAGGGGAUGAUCCUCUCCAUUUCGCACUUCCUCUUUUGAUUAUACAGAUAUGCAUUGUGCUGGCGUUGACCCGAAUACUAGCAUUUCUUCUCCGGCCACUAAGGCAGCCUCGCGUCAUUGCAGAGAUUGUUGGAGGUGUUCUCCUUGGUCCUUCGGCUUUGGGCCGGAACCAGAAAUAUCUUAAUGCUAUUUUUCCACCUCGAAGCCUCACUGUUUUAGAUACUCUUGCCAACCUUGGCCUCUUGUUCUUCCUGUUCUUGGUUGGCCUUGAGCUGGAUCCAAAGUCUCUUCGACAGACAGGAAAGAAAGCAUUAAGCAUUGCCCUAGCAGGAAUCAGCCUCCCGUUUGGUUUAGGAGUUGGGACCUCAUUUGUGCUCAGGGCUACUAUUUCCCAAGGUGUGAGUCAAGGGCCAUUCUUGAUUUUCAUGGGAGUGGCUCUUUCAAUUACUGCAUUUCCUGUCUUGGCUCGUAUUUUGGCUGAGCUUAAGUUAUUGACUACAAAUGUUGGUAGAAUAGCCAUGUCUGCUGCUGCAGUCAACGAUGUGGCUGCAUGGAUUCUUCUUGCUCUGGCUGUUGCCUUAUCAGGCACAGGCCAUUCUCCACUUGUUUCCUUAUGGGUCUUCUUAUGUGGGUUUGGUUUCAUACUGUUAUGCAUAAUCGUUUUCCCGUUUGUUUUCAAAUGGAUUGCUAGACGCUGUCCUGAGGGUGAGACAGUUGAUGAGAUAUAUAUUUGUGCUACACUUGGUGCUGUUUUGGCUGCUGGUUUCGUCACUGAUCUCAUUGGAAUUCAUGCACUUUUCGGGGCCUUUGUCAUGGGUGUUCUUGUCCCGAAGGAGGGAGCAUUUGCCGGAGCCCUCGUGGAAAAAGUAGAGGAUAUCGUAUCUGGUCUAUUUCUUCCUUUGUACUUCGUAUCAAGUGGACUGAAGACAAAUGUAGCCACCAUUCACGGGGCUCAAUCUUGGGGUCUUCUUGUUCUAGUCAUAUGUACCGCUUGUUUUGGGAAGAUUUUCGGCACUGUUGUGGUCUCGCUCUGCUGCAAGGUUCGUUUUAGAGAGGCAUUGACCCUAGGUUUCUUGAUGAACACUAAAGGUUUGGUGGAGCUUAUUGUCCUUAACAUCGGAAAAGACCGAGGGGUUCUGAAUGAUCAGACUUUUGCGAUCAUGGUUCUAAUGGCGUUAUUCACGACAUUCAUAACGACGCCAGUUGUUGUGGCCAUAUAUAAGCCAGCUGAACUGGCUAAAUUAGAAUACAAAUAUAGAACAAUUCAGAGGAAGGAAUCCGACACUCAACUCAGAAUGUUUAUCUGCUUUCAUAGCACCAGAAAUAUUCCGACAUUGAUAAAUUUGAUGGAGGCUUCACGUGGUACCGGGAAGAAAGGAGGGCUUCGCAUCUACGCGAUGCACCUAAUGGAGCUGUCUGAAAGAUCAUCCGCGAUUUUGAUGGUGCACAAGGCGAGAAACAACGGGUUGCCGUUUUGGCAAAAGGUGCAGAACUCUGAUGCGAACCAAGUUGUGGUUGCUUUUGAUGCAUUCCAUCACCUCAGCCAGGUCUCCAUACGACCAACAACCGCGAUCUCGCCGUUUUCUAGCAUGCACGAGGACAUUUGCACCAGCGCUGAGAGGAAGAUGGCUGCAAUAAUAAUCCUCCCAUUCCAUAAGCACCAGAGAGUUGAUGGACACUUUGAGACGACACGAGCUGACUUCAGGCACGUGAACCGUAGGGUUCUUGAGCACGCUCCAUGCUCCGUUGGCAUAUUGGUGGAUCGAGGGCUAGGAGGGCCGUCUCAUGUAUCUGCAAGCAACGUCAACUACACAGUGACAGCGCUCUUCUUCGGGGGCCAUGAUGACCGUGAAGCUCUCUCUUACGGCGCGCUCAUGGCAGAGCACACUGGCAUUCGAUUGAAUGCAGUUCGUUUCAUCGUGGGCUCCAAGGCCAUUCCGGAUAGUGUAACUUUGGAUGUGAAUGAGGAUACAUCAGAUGAAGAGUUUCUUGCAGAGUUCAAGCAAAGAGUAUCGGAGGAUGGUUCAAUAAAAUACGAGGAGGUUGUGGUAGGAAAUGAUGGAGACAUAGUUGGUACAAUCUUCAAAUACAAUCGCAGUAAUCUGUUCAUCAUCGGACGAAUGCCCGAGUGUCGACUUGUUGCAGCUGUUAACAAGAAGAGUGAAUGUCCUGAACUGGGACCGGUGGGGAACUUGCUGAUUUCGCCGCAGUUUAAAACCAUAGCAUCGGUUCUGGUGGUGCAGCAAUACCGCGGGCAGCUGAUGGGAGACUCGCUGGCAUCGUUGAAGGAAGAACAUACGUCGGAUACGGAGGCGGAGGAAGCGGCAAAAGACUCGCACUGAUCUCUGCUUUUGUGGCUGAGUUGAGCCUGUUUGAGGUAAUGAUAGUAUAUAUACAAAUGAAUAUUUCGUUGCAAUAAUCUUUCAUUCCUGACCUUUAAUCUGUCAUGCUUUUAAUAUACGAGUCAUAGAUGUUGCUGAAAUAAUGGCGACAUGUAUUAUAAGAGUCAGAUGAUAGUAAAUGUAAAUGCUCAACUGACUAUGAUUAUCUCAAAACAAUUACAACUCCGGGAAGUAGUUGUUUGGGUUCAUUGUUUAUCCAUAUAUAUUAUGCUGGUGAA